CCCCAUGCAGCCCUGGCAGUGCCUCCGGCGCUUUGCCCUGGCCUGGUGGGAGAGGACCGCGGAGGGCAGUGCCCGCACUCCCCGGGAGGAGGCUGGACCAAGGGACGCUGGGGGCCGAGGGGAGCCAGAUCCGGAGCGGAGCAGCCCCCCCAUGCUGUCUGCGGACGAUGCCGAGUACCCGCGGGAGUACCGGACCCUGGGGGGAGGGGGCGGCGGGGGCGGCGGGGGCCGGCGCUUCUCCAACGUGGGGCUGGUGCACACGUCGGAGCGGCGGCACACGGUGAUCGCCGCCCAGAGCCUGGAGGCUCUCAGCGGGCUCCAGAAGGCGGACGCCGAUCGCAAGCGUGAUGCCUUCAUGGACCACCUGAAGAGCAAGUACCCCCAGCACGCCCUGGCCCUCCGAGGCCAGCAGGACAGGAUGCGCGAGCAGGUUGGCGGCUGGACCGUGGACCCUGUGUGCCUCCUCAGCUCCCUCUGCUCCCACCUCCAUGGCGACUCCGCCCCCUCCGGGGCUGGCCAGCCUGCCCAGACCCGCAGCUCGCGUCACACUCAGGGAGCCCAGCCSGGGCUGGCAGACCAGGCAGCCAAGCUGUCCUACGCCUCAGCUGAGUCGCUGGAGACCAUGUCGGAGGCUGAGCUGCCCCUGGGCUUUAGCAGGAUGAACCGCUUCCGACAGAGCCUGCCCCUCUCUCGCUCAGCCAGUCAGACCAAACUGCGAUCUCCAGGGGUGCUGUUCCUGCAGUUUGGGGAGGAGACACGGCGCGUGCACAUCACGCACGAGGUCAGCAGCCUGGAUACGCUGCAUGCACUCAUCGCGCACAUGUUCCCGCAGAAGCUCACCAUGGGCAUGCUCAAGUCGCCAAACACCGCCAUCCUCAUCAAAGACGAGGCGCGCAACGUCUUCUACGAACUGGAGGACGUUCGGGAUAUCCAGGACCGCAGUAUUAUCAAGAUCUAUAGGAAGGAACCACUGUAUGCUGCUUUCCCUGGCUCACACCUCACGAACGGGGACCUUCGGAGAGAGAUGGUGUAUGCUUCGCGGGAGUCAUCACCCACUCGGCGACUCAAUAACCUGUCGCCGGCACCGCACCUGGCAUCUGGUUCGCCGCCUCCCGGGCUACCAUCUGGGCUGCCGUCGGGGCUGCCGUCGGGUUCGCCAUCGCGCUCGCGUCUCUCCUACGCUGGGGGGCGCCCGCCCUCCUACGCUGGCAGCCCCGUGCACCACGCGGCAGAGAGACUGGGAGGUGCCCCUGCCACCCAGGGCGUUAGCCCCAGUCCAAGCGCCAUCCUGGAGCGUCGCGACGUCAAACCGGACGAGGACCUGGCGGGGAAAGCGGGUGGCAUGGUGCUGGUGAAGGGCGAGGGUCUCUACGCCGAUCCCUAUGGGCUGCUGCACGAGGGCCGCCUGAGCUUGGCCGCGGCCGCCGGCGACCCGUUCGCCUACCCCGGCGCAGGCGGCUUGUACAAACGCGGCUCGGUGCGCUCUUUGAGCACCUAUUCGGCCGCUGCGCUGCAGUCGGACCUGGAGGAUUCGCUGUACAAGGCGGCCGGCGGUGGCGGCCCGAUCUACGGCGACAGCUAUGGUUUCCGCUUGCCGCCCUCCUCACCACAGAAACUGGCCGACGUGGCAGCGCCCCCCGGAGGGCCCCCGCCGCCUCACAGCCCCUACUCAGGGCCACCUAGCCGGGGCUCGCCGGUGCGUCAGUCUUUCCGAAAAGAUUCGGGCUCUUCCUCGGUCUUCGCUGAGAGUCCCGGAGGCAAGACCCGCAGCACCGCGGGCUCCUCGACAGCCGGAGCCCCUCCUUCCGAGCUCUUCCCUGGGCCUGGGGAGCGCUCGCUCGUCGGAUUCGGGCCACCAGUACCAGCCAAGGACACGGAGACCAGGGAGCGAAUGGAGGCCAUGGAGAAGCAGAUUGCCAGCCUCACAGGCCUGGUGCAGAGCGCCCUACUUCGAGGCUCAGAGCCUGAGACACCCAGUGAGAAGAUUGAAGGCUCCAAUGGAGCAGCCACCCCAUCAGCACCAUGCGGGUCAGGCAGCAGAAGCAGUGGGGCAACCCCUGUGUCUGGCCCUCCCCCUCCCUCAGCCAGCAGCACCCCUGCAGGGCAGCCCACAGCUAUCAGCCGGCUGCAGAUGCAGCUGCACUUGCGUGGCCUGCAAAACAGCACCAGUGACCUGCGUGGCCAACUUCAGCAGCUGCGAAAGCUCCAGCUCCAGAACCAGGAGUCGGUGCGCGCGCUGCUGAAGCGCACAGAGGCGGAGCUGAGCAUGCGCGUGUCCGAGGCGGCGCGGCGGCAGGAGGACCCGCUGCAGCGGCAGCGCACCCUGGUGGAGGAGGAGAGGCUGCGCUACCUCAACGACGAGGAGCUCAUCACCCAGCAGCUCAAUGACUUGGAGAAGUCGGUGGAGAAGAUCCAGAGGGAUGUGUCCCACAAUCACCGGCUGGUACCCGGCCCUGAGCUGGAGGAGAAGGCGCUGGUGCUGAAGCAGCUUGGGGAGACACUGACGGAGCUCAAGGCUCACUUCCCUGGCCUGCAGAGCAAGAUGCGGGUGGUGCUGCGCGUGGAGGUGGAGGCAGUGAAGUUCCUGAAGGAGGAGCCGCAGCGCCUGGAUGGGCUCCUCAAGCGCUGCCGUGGGGUCACAGACACCCUGGCGCAGAUCCGCAGGCAAGUGGAUGAGGGUGUGUGGCCACCCCCCAACAACCUCCUCAGUCAGUCCCCCAAGAAGGUGACAGCUGAGACUGACUUYAACAAGGGGCUGGACUUUGAGAUGCCACCCCCCAGUCCUCCACUGAACCUCCAUGAGCUGAGCGGACCGACCGAGGGAGCCCCUCUCACCCCCAAGGGCAGCAACCCCACCAAAGGCCUGGAUACUUCUGGCAAAAGAAGUGUGGACAAGGCUGUGUCUGUUGAGGCUGCAGAGCGGGACUGGGAAGAGAAGCGGGCAGCUCUGACCCAGUAUAGCGCCAAGGAUAUCAAUCGGCUGCUGGAGGAGACGCAGGCAGAGCUACUCAAGGCCAUCCCGGACCUGGACUGUGCCAGCAAAGCCCACCCGGGCCCAGCCCCCACCCCGGACCACAAGCCCCCCAAGGCACCCCAUGGCCAGAAGGCAGCCCCCCGAACAGAGCCCAGCGGGAGGAGGGGCUCAGAUGAGCUGACAGUGCCCCGAUACCGUACGGAGAAGCCCUCCAAGUCACCCCCGCCACCCCCUCCCCGCCGGAGCUUCCCUUCCUCCCAUGGCCUGACCACCACACGCACUGGAGAGGUGGUGGUCACCAGCAAGAAAGACUCAGCCUUCAUCAAGAAGGCUGAGUCUGAGGAGCUGGAGGUGCAGAAGCCCCAAGUGAAGCUGCGGCGGGCUGUGUCUGAGGUGRCCCGCCCUGCCUCCACGCCACCCAUCAUGGCCUCUGCCAUCAAGGAUGAGGACGAUGAGGACCGCAUCAUCGCUGAGCUGGAGGUGUUUGAGAGAAGCUCAGUGUCUUCCCUACCCCCCACGCCCCGUCGCCAGCCGAUCCCCACCUUGGUGUCCCCCCAGGACCUGGGGCCCCCCGGGGGCACAGCCCUGGGCCCCACAUGGAAGAGUGGUGGUGGCAGCGUGCCGCCCAUGAAGGUGGUGACUCCAGGAGCCUCUCGGCUGAAGGCGACCCAGGGCCAAGCAAGCAGCCCUGACAAAGGAAAGCACGGCAAGCAGAGGGCUGAGUACAUGAGGAUCCAGGCCCAGCAGCAGGCCACUAAACCAUCUAAAGAGAUGAGCGGGUCGAAUGAGACCUCAAGCCCAGUCUCAGAAAAGCCCUCGGCUUCCAGAACCUCCAUCCCUGUAUUGACUUCCUUUGGGGCAAGGAAUUCUUCCAUCUCCUUCUAGAAGCCCCUCACGCCUCCACCCCAGCCUGUCUUCUCCCUCGCUCCCGUCAUCUCUCCCUACUCUGCUUUCCUCCAUCCCCCCACCCUGUUCUCCAGACCUGGGAAGGGUUGUCAUGGGUGUGGCCCUCCUCAGC